AUGCCCUCUCCUCGCACUGCUGCUCGGCUAUCCAAGUCGCUGCGCCCAGGUCCUUCCCGACUCAAGACUUUCUCUCGCUUCUACUCUUCCGAGAAGUCCGACAGUGCGGACAUCGAAUCCAUACUUGGCGCACCGAACUGGUCCGUCAGGUCACUGCUCCCGAACCCAGCGUCCAAACCGCCACCAUCAAUCACUCCAAAACAACUCCAUCAUCUGCUGCGCAUCUCGGCUCUUCCCCAACCUGCCAAUCAAGAGGAAGAGCAGUCAAUGCUUGAUACACUCGAGUCUCAAAUCCAUUUUGUGAAGGAAAUCCAACUUGUUGAUACUACCGGCGUCGCGCCGCUAGCUAGAAUUCGCGACGAGAGUCCCGCUGCCGUGGAAGAGGAAACGAUUGGAAUCGAAAGGUUUAAGGAGGCCUUCGCUAAGGAAAGGGUGUCCGGGCGACGGGGAAAAAUCCAGCGUGUUCCAGGUGAAAAAAACGAUCGUCCGGAUGGAACAGCUUGGGAUGGGAAUGCGCUCCGGUCCGCGACAAAGACAAAGGGGAAAUAUUUUGUCGUUGAAAUCGGCAAUUGA